AUGUCAACGGAUGAAAGGGGAUAUUUCAGGGCAACUCGCCCCAUGGAACUUAUCCCUGUAUCGGAGAUCGAAUAUGAGCGAAAGCCAAAAUUAUACUUACCUUUGACCACGGCAACACCACCUUUUGUUGCAACUAUAAGUGUACUGACCAACGCCAAAAAGUGUGCCCAAUCAACGUCAUCAAGUGAUCCCCAUGUUUGCGGUAACGCCGCAGAAGAAAUUUGA